AUGGAGAGAACAGAUUUCAUUCUCAGCUACCGCGUCUAUGCUAAAUUGGCUAAGCAACCUAAUAUGGCUCAGCACUUGUUUGCUAAAGGCGUGGUUGAAGUAGAAUAUCGUAGAGUUUCUUGCAAAUAUGGAAAUCUCUUGCUUAAAAUUCAUGAACAUAGCAAGUACCCUCACUACCUUGCUAUAGUUGUUAUGAACCAAGGUGGUGCCACUGACAUUCUUGCUGUCGAAGUCUACGAGGAGGAAACAAAAGAAUGGAUAUCAAUGAGGAGGGCUUAUGGAGCUGUGUUCGACCUGUCGAGCCCACCAAGUGGAGAACUUAAUGUGAGGCUCCUAACAAGUGCUCGUGCUGAAACCAAAUGGGUGCAGUCUGACAAGGCUGUAAUCCCUGCUGAAUGGAAAGCCGGGGCUACUAUUGAGACUGAUAUUUAG